UCUUCUUAUUAGAAAAAAAGUUGCACUUGAAUCUGUUGGAAUUUGCUGCUGGAUUUUCCGGAGAAAAGUCCGUGUAUUCCGUGCUGGCCAAAUUUACCAAAACGAGGACCAACGUAGACGGAAGCAUCGUGCCCAGAGGUGUCGCCUGAAAAUGAUCUAUACUUCUAUCCGGAUAAGGUGAAAUCGAACGAAAACGAGAUCACCAGCUAAUCUUGGAAGGUUUCGUUGCUGCAGAGUGGAAACUGAGUGGGCACACGUAAAAGAAUAAUAAGCGAAAGUUUCAUCUGUUUCCUGGAGUGAAUAAUUCUGUGCGAAGGCCAUUUAUCGAAGGUUUAGCAGAGUAUCAACGAAACAACGAUGGCCAGUCCAAGGACCAGACGGGUGUUGAGCGAUUUGAAGCCCAACAACGAAAACAAUAAAUGCUUCGAAUGUGGCACUCAUAACCCGCAGUGGGUAUCGGUGACGUACGGAAUAUGGAUCUGUUUGGAAUGCUCCGGAAAGCACCGUGGAUUGGGAGUGCAUCUGUCUUUCGUUCGAUCGGUUUCGAUGGACAAGUGGAAAGAUGUCGAGCUGGAGAAGAUGAAGGCAGGUGGAAACCGAAAUGCACGAAUCUUCUUCGAUUCCCAAGACGACUGGGAUGAAACUAUGCCGAUACAGAAAAAGUAUAGUACCCGUGCUGCGGCGCUAUAUCGUGACAAAAUUGCCACCCUGGCACAAGGGAAGUCUUGGGACCAGGCUUCAGCUUUGCCCAGAGUAGGUAAGGACAGCGGAUUUUCCUCAUCUUCAGCACAUUCCAAUAGUAGUGCAAAUAGCGGUGGGUUGAUGACGCAUUCGAGAAGCAGUGGCUCGAUGCAGUCUAGCGGAUAUUCCUCCUCCUCGUCCACCGGAGGGUAUCAGAAUGGUGGUGGCUAUCAGGACACGGGCUACCAACAGUUCCAAACAGCGGAAUUUAAAUCGCAGAAGGAUGAAUUCUUUAACCGUAAACAGGAGGAAAACGCAUCACGGCCGGAGAAUUUGCCACCGAAUCAGGGUGGAAAGUAUGCCGGGUUUGGCUAUUCGAGAAAUCCGCCACCCAGGAGUCAAUCCCACGAACUGUUCGACACAGUCCAGUCGUCACUGGCUAGCGGUUGGACCGUCUUUUCUAAGGUGGCCAACGUUGCCAAGGAGAACGCGUUGAAGUAUGGCAGUUUGGCCUCGCAAAAGGUAGUUGAGGUUUCUGGCACUGUUACUGAUAAGGUUAAAGAAGGAACACUCCUAGAAGGAGUUGGUUCGCAAGUAUCAAGUUUGGCCAGCAAGGUUGGCGAGGUAGGUCGCAAAGGUUGGGGCAACAUCGGCAGUACUGGCAGUUAUAGCGCUCCAGACGGAAACGAUCACUACAACAAUUUCCCAUCGGACAACGGAUCUGGCGGCUAUCAGCGAUCGUCAUCGAAUGGAAAACUCAGCGGAUACGGAGGUGGUGACGGCGGUGGUAGCAAUGAUUGGAACUCUUGGAACAACGAUAGCAAUUCGAACGCCAUAAAAUCAUAUCAAAAUGCAGACAACGAGGAUGACGAUGGUUGGUCCGGAUUUGAGUCUCACACGACCACAACGUCCAAGAGUGAUGGCGGAUAUCAGAAUGCUUCCCUUAGCGCUGCCACUGCAACGAAUGACAUUCGAAAUCAGAACACAUCCACUUCCACGAGCCAGCAGCAGAUGAGAUCCAGCUCCAGUCGAAGCAGCUUGAAAAUGAAGCAAAAUGCCAGCCUAGAGAAUGACUUCGCUUCGCUGGACAUCAAGAGCAAAGUCGCAGCUCCGGCAGCGACUACAAGCAAAAAGAAUAACAACCCGGAAGAUGAUCUGUGGAAUAUGCUGAACAACUAGGCAAAUAAAAUGGCCUGUUUCAGCCAGACGGAAUCUUCAAAACGAAAUGACCUGAGUGUCCGAUUUACUAAGGAAACGAUAACUGGAAAAUGCCGAUGAUAUUCUUUUCUUUCGUAUUGUUUUUAGCAUUUGAGGUAAAAGAGUUUAUGCCGUACAUCCACAUUAUAAUCCCUGUGGCCCAUCUCCUUGCGUCCCAUUCCUAUUUUAGCGAAAACUUAAUCACAAACAGAAGAGUAUUUAGCAGAAUAUAAUUAGCAAGAAAGUUUAUUGUGAGAACCAAUUAUGAAUGAAUAUAUUAUGAUAUACAAAGCAAAAAAAAACUUGAAAUACGAAGAAAAGCAGAGAAAACACGAGUAGCAAAACCAUAGAAGCCGUGUAAUACAACUAUAUUACAAUAACCAAGAAGAGAUGAGCCGGCAGUAUAAAUCAAUUAUAUGAAAAACCCGAGGUAAAACGUUACUGUGGUACAUUCUAAAACGCAAUCUAUAUUAUAUAUGUGCAACUUGGAA